GGAAACAAAACGGAGUCGAGCCCGUGGAGGCGGUACUUAGUCUAGCGCCAUCAGUAAACUCUUGUCAGUAGUAGGCUAUUCAGCCGUUAGUCACUUGGCUGGAAGAAGGGAAUACAUGACAGAAGAAAGACAUCUCUGCCCAAUUCUAUUGGAACAGUCGUUGGUUUUAUGGGGGGAAAAUAUGUGAUCUUCAAGACUUAAAAGAACGUGAUGGGGAAAGGAAUACAUUUUUUAAAAGAAUAUUGUAACUCGACGUCCAUUGGAGGAAACCAGUUACUGUCUUUAGGCUUACUACUAGCUCUGUGUUUUAUCAGAUCAACGUUAGAUUUUCAUGGAGCAUGUUCUUUAUUAUUAGCCUACCUGUACAGGUCUAAUGUCUUAGUUAAAGACAUUUAGCUGUAGGUAGGUAAGCUGCCUUAACGGGCACAGGAUAGAUGAGAUUCAAGGUUUUUCAAAAAAUGUGAUGCAGUCCUUCUCAAGGAGGGUAACGUUAAAACAUGUUUAUCUAGGGUAGCAGAUACGAUACUUGUGGAUAAAUUUUAUUUUCAGCUAAACCCGACGUCAUUGACUUGUUUUCUUUAUCGGCAAAAUUUGUGUCUAUUUAAUUAAAUCAACCACAUGAGCGGCGUCUAAAUUAAGGACACGUUCAGAGGGGUGAAAGGCGACGCGAAGAAAAUUCCCCGACAAGAAGAAAAUACAGUUUAAUUCAAAUUCUCAGGAAUUGUCGCUGUCCAACACAAGGAAAUGGAAAGUGAGGUUUUUACGCCAUUGUUGGAACAAUUUCUGCUCACGCCUUUGGUCGCCUGGGUUAAGGCGGCUGGGCAUUCAUCAGGAAACGAUGGCACCAAACUAUCGGAAUACAUUGAAUUGUUGGAUGGCAUUUAUUUAAACGAGAUCAUGCUUGAGAUAAAUCCAAAAGCCACUGUUCAAAGAACCAACAAGAAAGUGAACAAUGACUCAACACUGCGCAUACAAAACCUCUCCAUCCUGGUCCGGCAGAUAAAGUCGUACUACCAGGAGACCCUCCAGCAGCUGGUGGCGAUGCCUCUCCCCAACGUGCUGGUGCUGGGCAGGAACCCGCUCAGUGAGCAAGGUCUGGAGGAGAUGAGGAAGCUGUUGUUGCUGUUGCUUGGCUGUGCUGUCCAGUGUGAGAAGAAAGAAGAGUACAUCGAGAGGAUCCAGACCCUAGACUUUGACACAAAAGCUGCCAUAGCAUCUCACAUCCAAGAGGUGACCCAGAACCAGGAGAAUGUUGUGGACCUACAGUGGCUGGAGGGGGGUGACCUGCCCCCAGAGGACCUGGACUCCUUCUCCAGGAACAUGGCCUUCCAUCUCAAACGCCUGGUGGACGAGAGAGACGACCAGCUGGAGACCAUUGUGGAGCUGACCCAGGAGAGGGACUGUGGACAGUACUCUCCCCCGCCCCUCUUUGCCCAGUCGCCCAACGACUCGCCUAGCAUGCGCCGCACAGAGAGCCGCCAGCACCUGUCUGUGGAGCUGGCCGACGCCAAGGCCAAGAUCAGACGCCUGCGCCAGGAGCUGGAGGAGAAGAGUGAGCAGCUCCUGGACUGUAGACAGGAGCUGGACAAUAUGGAGACUGAGAACAAGAGGAUUCAGCAAGAGAGCCUGCAGUUGUUGUCAGAUGCACGUUCUGCCAGGGCCUAUCGUGACGAGCUGGACGUUCUGAGAGAGAAGGCCAUCAGAGUGGACAAGCUGGAAAGUGAAGUGGGACGCUACAAGGAGAGGCUCCAUGACAUUGAGUUCUAUAAAGCUAGAGUGGAGGAGCUGAAGGAGGACAACCAGGUUCUGCUGGAGACCAAGGCCAUGCUUGAGGACCAGCUAGAAGGAACCAGGGCUCGCUCUGACAAACUCCACGAACUGGAGAAAGAGAGCCUGCAGCUCAAAUCCAAGAUCCACGACAUGGAAAUGGAGCGGGACAUGGACAGGAAGCGUAUUGAGGAGCUGCUAGAGGAGAACCUGGUGCUAGAAAUGGCCCAGAAACAGAGCAUGGAUGAGUCUCUCCACCUGGGCUGGGAGCUGGAGCAGCUCUCCAAGACCCCUGAUCUGACAGAGGUGCCUCAGAAGUCACUGGGCCACGAGGUGAAUGAGCUGACGUCCAGCCGCCUGCUGAAGCUGGAGAAGGAGAACCAGGCCCUGCUGAAAACCGUAGAGGAGCUGAGGGGCUCUGCCAGCGAGGACGCCCCUGCACACCGCCUCAAGGCCGACAAGGAGAACCAGAGGCUCACCCAGAGGCUGGUGCAGCUGGAGAGUGAGCUGAACACAGGCAGGGAGAGUCUGUGCAGUACAGAGAGCCUCAGCACUGACCUGAUGAAGGAGAAGGCUCUGUUGGAGAAAACCCUGGAGACACUGAGAGAGAAUGCAGAUAGACAGGUGAAAGGCUUGGAGCAGGAAAACGAGCAUUUGACCCAGACCGUCUCAUCGCUGAGGCAGCGCUCCCAGGUGGGCGCUGAGGCGCGGGUCAAAGACGUGGAGAAGGAGAACCGCGUGCUGCACGAGUCCAUCCGGGAGACCAGCUCCAAGCUCAACAAGCUGGAGUUUGAGCGCAAACAGCUGCGUAAGGACCUGGAGAUGUACAAGGAUAAGGGCGAGAGGGCCGAGGAGCUGGAGGUGGAGGCGCAGCGGCUGGAGAGGGAGAACGAGGCCCUGCAGAAACGAGUAGCCAGUCUGGGCAUCACCUGUGACAAGGUGGUGUCUCUGGAGAAGGAGAACUCCGAGCUGGAGGCAGAGGGCCGUCGUUUAAAGAAGGUGGUGGACGGCCUGCGGAGCACAUCCUUCCAGCUGGAGGCCCUGGAGAAGGAGAACUCCCAGCUGGACGAGGAGAACCUGGAGCUUCGCAGGACUGCUGAGGUGCUCCGCUCGGCUGGGAACAAGGCGGCUCAGCUGGAGCUGGAGAACCUUGAGCUGGAGAGUGAGAGGAGCCAGCUGAAAAGGAGCCUGGAGCUGCUCAAGGCCUCCUCCAAGAAAACUGAGAGGCUCGAGGUGAGCAACCAGGGCCUGGAUACGGAAAACCAGCGGCUGCAGAAGGCCCUGGACAACAGCAGCCGCAAGAUGCAGCAGCUGGAGGGGGAGCUGCAGGACAUAGAGCAGGAGAACCAGAGCCUGCAGAGGAGCCUGGAGGAACUGAAGAUCUCCAGCAAACGUCUGGAGCAGCUGGAGCAGGAGAAUAAGACUCUGGAGCAAGAGAGCUCUCAGCUGGAGAAGGACAAGAAGCACCUGGAGAAGGACAACAAAAGGCUGAGACAGCAGGCGGAGAUCAGGGACUCCAAGAUGGACGAGGACAACCUGAGGAUCAGCCACCUGGAGAAGGACAACCGCUUGCUGGGCAAGGAGAUGACCUCCUUCAAGGACUCCUGCAACCGCCUCAAAGAUCUGGAGAAAGAGAACAAGGAGCUGGUCAAACAGGCCACCAUCGAUAAGAAGACCCUGGUCACUCUGCGAGAGGAACUGGUGAGUGAGAAACUGCGGACUCAGCAGAUGAACAAUGACCUGGAGAAACUGACCCACGAGCUGGAGAAGAUAGGCCUCAACAAGGAGAGGCUGCUGCAGGACGAGCAGAGCUCUGACGACGACAGGUACAAGCUGCUGGAGUUCAAGCUAGAGUCCACUCUCAAAUCUACUCUGGAGAUCAAGGAGGAGAAGAUAGCAGCCUUGGAGGCCAGACUGCAGGAGUCCUCCAACCUCAACCAACAACUGCGCCAGGAGCUCAAAACUGUGAAGAAGAACUAUGAGGCCCUGCGACAGAGGGAGGAGGAGGAGAGAAUGGUGCAGAGCUCGCCCCCCAGGAGAGGGGACAGGGAGGACUCUCAGGCGGUCAACAAGUGGGAGAAGGAGAGCCACGAGACCACCCGGGAACUGCUCAAGGUCAAAGACCGCCUCAUCGAGGUGGAGAGAAACAAUGCCACCCUACAGGCAGAGAAGCAGGCCCUGCAUACCAACCUGAAGCAGCUGGAGACCCAGAGCAGUAACCUGCAGGCUCAGAUUCUGGCUCUACAGAGACAGACUGCAUCUCUACAGGAGAAUAACACCACCCUACAGACCCAGAAUGCCAAACUACAAGUGGAGAACUCCACCCUGAACUCCCAGAGCGGCACUCUCAUGGCCCAGAAUGCCCAGCUUGCGACACAGCAGUCCAGCACGGAGAACGAGAAGGAGGGGGUGAUGAGGGAAAGGGAGGACCUGAGGUCCACCUAUGAGAUGCUACUGAGGGACCAUGAGAAGUUGGCUGCCUUGCAUGAGAGGCAGGCCUCGGAGUAUGAGGGCCUCAUUGGCAAACACGGAGGCCUGAAAAGUGCCCACAAGAGCCUGGAAUCACAGCACAGAGACCUGGAGGACAGGUAUAAUCAGUUGCUGAGGCAGAAGGAUCAGCUGGAGGAGCUGGAGAAACAGCUGAAGGCAGAGCAGGAGAAGAUGCUGUCUGAGAACAAGAGCCACGAGGCCACGGCUAUAGACUACUACAAACUGAAGGAGGCGAAUGAAAAGCUGAACAUGGCACACCGCCAACUGGUGAAGGAUAAUGAGGGCCUGCAGGUUGACCAUAAGAACCUGAAGAGCCAGAUGAAUGGUGCCAAGCUGGAACAGACCCGCCUGGAGGCAGAGUUCUCCAAACUCAAAGAGCAGUACCAGCAGCUGGACAUCACCUCUACCAAGCUCACCAACCAGUGUGAGUUGCUGAGUCAGUUGAAGGGGAACCUGGAGGAGGAGAACCGUCACCUGCUGGACCAGAUCCAGACCCUGAUGCUGCAGAACCGCACUCUGCUAGAACAGACCAUGGAGAGCAAGGACCUGUUCCACGUAGAACAGAGACAGUACAUUGACAAGCUGAACGAGUUGAGGAGACAGAAGGAGAAGCUGGAAGAGAAGAUCAUGGACCAGUACAAGUUUUAUGACCCCUCACCUCCACGGAGACGAGGGAAUUGGAUCACCCUGAAGAUGAAGAAGCUGAUCAAGCCGAAGAGUCUGGAGCGGAUGCGUUCCCUGACACUGACGCCCACGUGCUCCGAGUCCAGCGAGGGCUUCCUGGGGCUUCCUCUGGACAGCCAGGACUCCUCCUCCAUAGGCUCUGGCUCCAACUCCCUGGACGACACGCUGACACAAAAGAGGAACAGCAGGAAGAAAGACUCUCAGAGAGUGCAGCACUCCCAUGUGCAGAGUAACCAAGGUUCCUCUAAUGCUGUGAAAUGGUUGCCCUUUAUGAGGAACAGAUCGAAGGAGAAAGACAAAGCGAAGGACACCUACCGCCGGUCCAUGUCCAUGAACGACCUGCUGCAGACCAUUGCCCUGGCAGGGGGCCAGUGGGCGGGCAGCACAGAGAACCUGGAGGGGCCCGUGGAGGCCAACGGGGGCAGCAGAAGUCGGCACAUGAAGGAGCUGGGCUCCAUGGCCUACUCCACUAAUGCUAUCAACUACGCCACCCUCACUUUGCCCUCUGGCAACAGGGCCAAGAGGAGCCUGAAGAUCAAAGACAACGCUUCCUGUGAAGACGUUCCAGCAUCCUCAGACGACCCCAUUGGGAUCAGAGGUCAAGACUCGAGAGCCUCCAGCCUCCAUAGUAUCAAGACCAUCAGCAGUAAUACCUCCCACUCCGCUCCGCUCGAGGCCAAAGGCACGUUGAACGGAAACCUCAGCAGGCCCCACAGUGAGAGCAGUGGGGAGUUCAGCCUCAGUCUGGACCAGGAGGAGUGGUCCAGCGGGAGCAGCCCUGUCCAGCAGCCCCUGUCCCGCUCCUCUCAUCAGAGCCCCAUGCUGCUGCAGAGGUCCCUGGAACCCCAGGCCAAGAAGAAGAAUGGCAGCGCCUCAGGCAGCGCCAGCGAGGUGCUCUCUCUACAGCAGUUCCUAGAGGAGCGCAUCGACCCUGCAGAGUCUGGCAGCCAAGAGAAUCUGACCGUUGAGUCUCCCCACCUUUCUGGAGGCGCUGAGCAUGUGCAGAGAGACCGGGCCGAGCGAGGCUCCACCGGCACUAAGGGGCGGGGCAUCCUGCGCUCAACCAGUGGGAAGGCAGCGCCAGUGAACUCCGAUGGCCGCCCCUCCAGGGGUGGCCAACCAGGCCAUCCCAGCUUACGAAAGGCAGAGAGUACGCGUGUGAAGGGCAUGGUCCAGCCACGGGUCAGCCUCUCCUCCCAGAGUAAAGCCGUGUCUGUGUCUGAGCGUCUGGACAUCUCCUCCUCCAUGCUGCCCCGGGCCAGCAGCGUCAUAUCCACAGCCGAGGGCUCCACACGUCGGACCAGCAUCCACGACCUGCUGUCCAAAGACACCCGGCAGCCCGUGUCUGUGGACCCCUCACCCUCCUCAAAGGCCUUGCCUCGUGCCUACACCACGCCCAGUGAGUACCCCCCAACCAACAACCCCACCCAGUCCCAACAUCCCACCCACCAGUCCAUCCCCCUAGCCCCAGACCCCAUGCCCCUGUCCCUGCCGAAGUCAGUCAGUAUGCCCUGCACAGGCAGUCAGCACCCCCUCAGUUGUAAGGAAACUGACCUCUCCAGCCUCGAGUCUUUCUUUGGCUCGUCCUUCACAGUGGAGUCAGUGUUUAUGGACUCCAUCUUCAGCGAGCCAGCCUUCACAGGGUGCAGUAGCAAGAGCCACACCUUCCUUUCCCUCAACACCUCCCUGGUCAGUAACAUCAGCGGCCCCCCAGGCAAAACCCACCUCCGGCCCAACCCUGCCCAAACCGCCCAGAACCAACCAAAUGGGCUAAAGCCCAGCCCACCUGACCAGAAUGGGGAACAUGUCAUUGACACCAAUCAUGUGCUUGAUGCUGACCCAUCUCCACCCCUUAGCCCAGAGGACCAACAAUCGUUGUGGUAUGAGUAUGGCUGUGUCUGAAUGUGUGGCGUCCUGGUCAGCUACUGAUCUGGGACCUGCUUAAGGACCGGUGAUGGUCAGGGAGAAAGAAGGAACUCUGCAUGCAUUAUCAAAGCCCUAUCAUGCUAUGUUUUCCUUUGAGCUUUUAUGUUUGUUUUUUCAUGGCUGAUUUGUAAAUCCCUUUUCCUCACUCCUGGUUUGGUAUUUCCCUCCGUCUUAUGGAACGUGGGGUUCUCUGGAUGUCUUUGCUUCAAAGGUCUGUUCACACUGUAUUUGGCUCACAUUAUAACUUUGUUUUAUGGGGGACAUCAAUAGCUGUUCUAGUUAUUUUAUUCAUUAUUUGCUAUUUCUUUUCGAAUCACAAAUACAUUUUCAGAAAACAUGCUGCAAAGCUACAUUAACUAUCAUUUGGAUGUUCAGUGCAUCUUUAAAACAUCUUCAUGUCAGAAGUCCUCCAGAAUUAGAAUGGAGCUCUGUUUAAUAAUAAAGUAAUGAGGCUUGUAGAACACGUCCCAUGAUAGGCUGACUGAGGAACACAUUAACUGUCAUUAUGUAAUCUAGCCCUUCAGAGGAAAGCAGUUUCACAUCUAUUGAAAUUAGAUAAAAUAUUUGGUUUCCCCUCUAUCUUCUUGGGUGUUUGGUAUGUGGGAGAACCCUGUCCUGUCUAAAGUACUGUGUCACAUGGCAUUACCAGUCUACUUCUACUGUGUCAAUCUCAAUGCAUAUUCACUGAACUGCAUGGCUUUAUUCUCUUGGUUUUGUCUUGGUUUUGUUCUGAUGCUCUCAUUUUGAUUGUUGUGAUCAAAAUGGUUUUGUUUUGUGCAUAUGACACAUUUUUCUGUUCCAUUUCUUUUUCUGACCAAACCACUUUCAAUGUGGGGAUUCUGAUUGGGUGAAUUGGGGCUAAGGGAUUGUUUUUGAGGAAACGUAAUUCACAAAAUGAGCUGAGAGCAAUGUUACGUGUUUGAGAGAGAACAUUUUAAAGAUUGUUGAGUCUUGUGUUUGUGUUGCUCUAAGACAGCAUCAUAGUGGUGAGAGAAAUUUGCAAUUGAGACAAAUAUGAUGGCCAGAUUAUGUUGUGAAUGAAGGUUCCUCUACUCUUGGUUGUCAUGGUAUUGGAUCUGGUUAAAGCCUUGAAUGCUCAUGGCCACAAUACAAAUUCCAAUUGCACAAUAACACAUUUUAGGUUAUGUAUAUUUGUAGACUGACUACACCUUGUACAAACAGAUGUUUUAACAUUGAGUUAUAUUCAAGGACAGAAAGCACUCAUGUAUGCACAAGCAGUAGGAGUAGUAAUGUUAGUUAGAUUUUUAUUUCUGCUUUAUGUAUUUGCCAUUUUGAAAUAGUUUUAUUGUAUUUAUCUUGUGUAUCAACUAACGUUCGGCCUUUAUUCCGAUGUAAUAUGACAUGCCUUUGUUCUGCAGAUGUGGAAGUGUUACAAGAGCGCAGAAAGUCAAAAAGCAGUGGGGAGCAACAAAGCUCCUAAACAUUACUCAUCGGCUACCGUUAUGAGCUCAAGUGGUGAGUGCUACUCUGAGUCCAGUGGGGGGUGCUCCAUGGUAACUCGGUGGCGUAACAGAUGUCCCAUCCUGUUCAUGCUUGCUUAUGCUGGUGUUGUAAAGGGCACAUGAAUGGAGCCUGGUCUGCAUGGCGUCCCUAAUAACAGGAGGUCCUGACCUGCUACACUCCCUCCCUGUUCCUCAGUGUAACGUGUUCAUAGCUGGCUUUUCUUUUACUUUUCUCUGCUGGUAUUCAGGAAAAACCACUGGUGGCUCUAUAGGAGGUUGUGAUCCCUUUGUGAACUUAUCUGCAGUGCUGCAUGGAUUGUGGGUCACGCAGCUGAAACCCCUCCCUGUCAAUGCAUGUAGACUGCUUUCCAGUGCGUCCAUAUAUAUGUUCAUCCUCUUCUCUGAUGUCAUCUGCCGCUAACCUCUUUUUCUGUCCUCUUCUCUCUUCUGUCUGCCUCCAACUCAGAGAGAAAAGUGACCUUAAAGCUGUCUGACUCUGAAGCCAUUUAAAUGUUGGUCUACUGAGAUGGUCUUCAGUGCGAAAAAAAGAUUGUGUAAAACAAAAAUGUAUCUUUAUAUAUACUUUUUUUCAAACAAAAAAUCAAUUCUUCAAUAAAGAAAAGUAAACAUCCUCUUUUUCUCCUUGAAUCAAGGAAAUAAAACUCUUAAGACACAGUAUGUGGCGACAAUAGUUUUUUUUCUAGAAGUGACUUUCUGGUAAAUUGCACUGCAAUGGUGUGACAGACUGCUAACAUGCACUCUACACGGACAUACUGUUUGUGCCAAUGUUCACGCAAAGCCAAAUGGGUGAACUUAAACGAGACCCUGAAGACUCCUUGUCCUCUGUGACUUUGAAUCAGCUGGAUUUUUUCUGUCUGCCAAUUGAUGCUAAUUAUACUUUUUUUGUUGUAAAUGAGCAUGCACAUGCAGCAACUUUCUGAGGAACAACUGAUGUCUACGUUCAACAAUCUGCACAGAAGGGAAAAAAAUGCAUGUGGGCACAGAACAAGGUCAAACACAAUGUGCAUGGAGCAAUCAACCUGCUUCUCUUCCAAUCAGAAUGGACGAUUGUUUUAAGUUGUGUUCCUCUGAAAUGCCAAAAUGACUUGUGGGAAGCCAUGCCAACUGUGAUUGACAUACAAUCCAAUCAUGAAGGUUGUGUGAGCUGAAUGGCACAGCUUUGUAUAUGUGUACAGUAUGUAUGUGGCUACUAUCAGAUUUCUGUCUGUGAUGACCCUAGUGUUCAUUUCCUUUUCCACUUUUACAUAAAUCCAUUUGAUAAAAAUUCCAGAAGAAUCCUGUGUCAUUUCAUCUUCACUGCCCACAGUGCUGUCUUCAUCACAUAAAGGACUGUGACCCUCAAGUAACCUAUUCUUCCCCUGAUUAAUGAUUGAUUUUGUCUGCGUUUAUAGAAUCAUGAAAUCUCACCAGCUAAAGUUGUUGGGAUAUUGGAUCAAAGUAAUGUCAUGAUUUCUAUGGACAGACGAAUGCAAGGCGCUUAAAAUAAUCUCUAGCCUAAUCUUGUAUUGCUUUUAUAUAAAGAAUACAAAGAUCCCAGUCAAAGCUUUAUGGAACACAAGUGAUGAACGGGGGUUGUGCCGAUGACGUCCAUUUACUGGAUCGACAAAGCUUGAGUUAUCCAUUAGCCUACAUAAAACGUAUACUUUGGCCACUCAAUGGUGUAGUCUGCGCGAUAAGGAGGUAUACACCAGAAUAUAACCACUUUGGGGGGGGGGGGUGUAUGAGUGGAUAAUCAAUGUUCCAUGACUACAGUAAUUGUGUCAGAAAGGUGUAAAUUACUAGAUCUUGCUGAGGGAGAUAUGAGGAUGCAACCACCAUCAUCACUACUACAUUGUCUAUCAACCGUCCACAUAGAAUAAAGACUGCUCUCUUGCCCAUAGAAAAUAAGGGCUCUCCAGACCUUAUUCUGUCCCAAAGGUUAGCUGAAAAUUGUAACAAUGCCCAUUUCUCUUGUGAGAGAACAUAUGAUAAAUGUAUGAACUUGAAGAUUUGAUUCUCUGACAUGUAUUAUAAUUGUUAUAUUUUCUACCUUAAACCCAGGGGUGGUUCCAGGCAUAAGCGACAUAAGCGGUCACUUAACCCGGACGACGCCGGGCCAUUUGUGAUACAACCCGGGUCUGUAAUGACAACGGAAAGCUCCUUGAACCUGGGAAUAUGCAAGGCCUAUUGUAUAGAUAAUAUAACAAAAAUUAAACGUUUAAGAGAUCAGAUUUUUCUGUUUUGAAAUACUUUGCUACAAUGACACAGUUGUCUACCCACCUUGUUCCUUUCUUUUAGCAUGUGCACGUAGUACUAUAUUGAAAGCUGCGCCACUCAAGAUACGUACUACGCAUCUUUAAUACAACGAAAUGUUUGAAUGCUGAGGGAUUUAUGUCCCUACCAGCCUAUUGUUGCACUCGCAAAUGCUUCAUAAUGUAUUUCUUUGUAGACUAUAGCCUUGAAAUAAUUCAUUUUCGUUCCUUCUUACACACUGCUUGCGUCGCAAAAUAAAUGUACACAUACGUUAUUCAAUCAUUGCGCCAAUGAGCGUUUACGUUGCCAGGCGCUAAAAUAGAAGUUACCCAUGGCCAGUUGUGAUACAGCCUGUACUUAAACCAGGGUCUGUAGUGACACCUUUAGCACAGAUGCAGUGCCUUAAAGCCCCUUCACCCAUGUGUGGUUUGUGAAUACUUUAAGUCACUGUACUUCAGAAAGAACAAAGUUCUGUUCAAAAACAACCAAUGGGCCGCAGGUAGCCUAGUGGUUAGGAGCGGUGGGCCAGUAACUAAUAGGUUGCUAGAUUGAAUCCCCAAGCCUACAAGGUAAAUAUCUGCCGUUCUGCCCCUGAACAAGGCAGUUAACCCACUGUUUCCCGGUAGGCCACCAUUGUAACUAAGAAUUUAUUUAACUAGGCAAGUCAGUUAAGAACAGGUUCAAUUUAAAGUAAGUCCACACCAAGCCCAUAUUUAGAAAAUGCUAAUGCUUAAACCAAUAACUACUUUUAGCCCUGCUAAUAAUAAUUCUCCGGAAAUGUGAUAUUGGUUUACCCAUCUCAUUCAUAUCCAGUGUGAAAAAAAUAGGAAUCAAGCCAUCGGUGAAAACAUUUUAUUUAGUCCAGUCCAUCAGUUUACUUGUCCUCAGGCUUGUUGAAGCAGUAAGUGAGGCAGCACUUGCCACAGUAGUGCCUAUCGAAGUGGCUGGCCAUGAACACACCAGCGC